AUGAUGAACGGUUUCUACAAAAAAAAAAAUCCUGAUCCACUUGUGCUCACCUGGACACUCUACGUUAGUCGCUGAGGAGAGACUAAGAGUGCCCAGGCGCGCGCCCCCUCCUUUUAAGGCCCAGGCGCACGGGCCUUACACCGAUCAGAAGGAACGCUCGGAGGUCGAGUCGGUCACUGGGUCGUUGGGGUAUGUCGCCUACAUCCUACCUGCAUUACGGACCCAUCUCAACUGUCUAUACAGACAGUGUAUCGCGCACGGGGACCGGAAGGCGGUAUCGCGGGCGCGUCGCCUGGACCGUCGCACGUACGAUCAACUCGAAUACUGGAGAAGGUCCCUCUCGUCGGAAGGCCCAUUCUCCACGUUGUUCGAGGCCCUCCCGAUCCCAUCGAAGCUUGCGCUAGCGUCGGAUGCCUGUAUGCACGGACUAGGCAUCGUCAUCAACGGAUACUCCGCGUACUUCGCUCUCCCCGAGGGGUGGACGGAUCUGCCACCGCCUCGACACUCGGUCUCGAUCACGAACGCGGAGGCGUGGGCGUCGAGGCACUGGCCGAGGCAGCGUUACGAAUGUCUAAAGACGAUAGACAUCUCGUCCUCCAAUGCGACAACACCGGGGUUGUGCUUGGAUGGAGGAAAGGGCAUUCGAUGAAUCCCUUGUUGAACUCGUCGUUUGCAAACCUGCGCAGCCUUGAGGAAACUCGAGGUGUGAAGUGGUUGGUUGAAUACAUCAACACGAAGGUGAACCCCGCGGACGUUGUGUCCCGGCAGCCAGGCCGCCCGCGGCAGUACGAACCGUUCCCGUUCAUGAUCGCGCACCCACUUUCGAAUUUUCCGGCGGGGCGCGAGUUGCUGCGGGCGGCGGGAGAGCCCCUGUGGGCGAUAGGCUGAGAUAUCUGACUCCCUUUGUGGAAGGUGGAGCUUAGUUCGUACAGAGUUGCAUAUCCACGGUUUACCUUCGUGAAGGUCUACACACGGAUCACACAUCCGCCUUAGCCGUUGGUCAUUGAAUGCCUUCGACAGGUAUUGGCGGCAGCACAAGAAGAUUGCAAUCCAAGUGCUGAGCAAGGCUAGCAAGCUUGCACUCGAUUCGGUUAGAGCUUGAACGCGUUGUAACGUAGGCAUCUUUCGCUGUGUUUCCUUGGUUGUGAAUGUGGGGGGCGUGACCUGUGGUACGCGUCCGGCGCCAGGGCGCCUGUCCGAACCGAGGGCUCGGGAAUUGGGGUGUACGCAUCAUCCCAGGGUCCUGUCCAGGAAGAUUAAUCAUCUUCCUCAUCCCAACACAACCAAACAAACCGAAAGAUACACAAGGAAGGUCGCAAUUCCCUUCCCGCGCUCGAGAACCCCAUUGGCAUCCGAUCGAGACAUCGGAGGGGAAAAGCGCGCCCUCGCGCGCCACCUCCCACCGUAA